AUACAGGCAGGUGCUAUCUUCAAGCAGCUCCUUGCUCUUAUGACCAGUCAUUCCAGGAUGUGAAUCUCUGAGGAAGGCAUCACUUGGUUCCUGCUAGACAGGAUAUAUGAAAUUUUUAAAAGACUGCGAAGUGUGGACCUGCUGCUAGACAUUUAAAGAUGAAUUCCAGCAACUGCAGCAACUGUGGCGGGGUACAUAAUCUGAUCUUUGCCAGCAGCUACUCACUAAUCUUUAUGAUAGGUCUCCUGCUGAACUCUAUAGCUCUGUACAUUUUUAUCUUCGGAGAUGUGGUCCGCUCCAUCACCACCGUCUACAUGAAGAAUCUAGCAGUCUGCGAUCUUUUGCUGUUGGCGUCAAUUCCUCUGAGGAUCUACUACUAUGGCUGGCAACCCCAGCUAUCUCAAACCACAUGUGAAGUGGCAGGCCUGCUGCUCUUGGUUAACAUGUAUGGCAGCAUCUUCCUUCUGACUUGCAUCAGCUCAGACCGUUGGAUGGCUACGCACUUUCCACUCAGCUCCUGGUCACAGGCCAUACGCCGACAAGCCAAGUACAUCUGUGUGGGUAUAUGGGCCUUGAGUAUUGGGGGAACCAUUCCCACAUACUUUGCUGGCAAGAAAUCUGUGAAAAAUGCCACUUUCUGUUUUGAUGAACAUCCUCAAUAUAUCACAAAUGGUGGUAUUUCCAGUACUAUGGUGCUAUGCUAUGCCAUUACAUUGGCUGUCAUGGUAACUUCCUCCUAUAGUCUGCUCCAUGUUUUCCACCGGAGUGUAAGUGUGGAGAUGGAGCUGAUCAAUAUAUCCAAGAUCAGGUUAAUGGUAGUAAUGAACGUGGCCAUCUUUCUGGGUUGCUUCUUGCCCUACCAUUUGACGGUACUUUGCUAUCAUAUACCAGGGUUGAAUAAAAAUAAUUUAGAUCAGGCCUACAGAUAUGUCCUGCUCCUGUCCUGUGUGAAUGCAGCCCUAGAUCCUCUGGUUUAUUAUUUUACCACUGAGACCUUCCAAAAACAAGUACCCCUAGAGCCCUUUUUUAGGACCAAGGCUUCACAGAGUGACUAUGUGGAAGGAAUAAUACUGUCUGGCCAGCCCUUGGAAACACAAUCUGCCCCUGCAUCUUGAAUAAGAAAAAGGCCACUGGAGAAGGACAGCUUUUUCACCCAAGCAUUUGCCCCUUUAGUCUGGUAUAAUUACAUUGCUCAGAUAAGAAUUUGAGGACACCAUUUCGAUUCAACAACAGACUGGUGAAAUUCACUCUUUCUUUGGAAAAUUAUAAAGUCCC